CUUUGUUAGAAGUUUCAAAUAAUUAAAAGAGAGAAGAGUGUUGAACAAUGCUUUAGUGGUCACUGUAUAGUUUUUAUUUUAUUGGUUCUUGAAUAAAAUGGACGGCUCAAACUCAAGGAAGUCCGAUGCAGCGGCGACGAGGAAACGUCGCUCGUCAAUCCUGAAGAGCCAGCGCUCUGUUCGCGCGCCGCUGUCUGAACUGGAGUUCAACGUGGCCACCCCCGACCAGGCCAAGAGCCGCCGUGUCAGCUUCAGCCGCCGCACCGGCGUUGCUGAAUUCGAGAUAAGUGAAGCAACAACCGCUUGGAAGAAUGUGUACGAGGAGCAUAACAAGUCGCACGAGUCGUCGGCCAACGAGUCUGGAGUGAAGGCGGCGCCGCGACGCGUGGGGCACCUCGGCGCGCGCGCCUCGCACUUCCAGGACGACGAGGCCGAAGUUAUAGACACCACCGAGCCUCGGGCCCCGCCCACGGCACAGCUGGACGAACUGCCCACCAGCACCAAUACUAUACAGGUAACACUUCACGAGGCACCUCGUGGGAGGCACUCACGAGGCCGAGGUUAUAGACACCACCGAGCCUCGGGCCCCGCCCACGGCACAGCUGGACGAACUGCCCACCAGCACCAAUACUAUACAGGCACUCACGAGGCCGAGGUUAUAGACACCACCGAGCCUCGGGCCCCGCCCACGGCACAGCUGGACGAACUGCCCACCAGCACCAAUACUAUACAGGUAACACCUCACGAGGCAACUCGUGGGAGCACUCACGAGGCCGAGGUUAUAGACACCACCGAGCCUCGGGCCCCGCCCACGGCACAGCUGGACGAACUGCCCACCAGCACCAAUACUAUACAGGUAACACCUCACGAGGCAACUCGUGGGAGCACUCACGAGGCCGAGGUUAUAGACACCACCGAGCCUCGGGCCCCGCCCACGGCACAGCUGGACGAACUGCCCACCAGCACCAAUACUAUACAGGUAACACCUCACGAGGCAACUCGUGGGAGCACUCACGAGGCCGAGGUUAUAGACACCACCGAGCCUCGGGCCCCGCCCACGGCACAGCUGGACGAACUGCCCACCAGCACCAAUACUAUACAGGUAACACCUCACGAGGCAACUCGUGGGAGGCACUCACGAGGCCGAGGUUAUAGACACCACCGAGCCUCGGGCCCCGCCCACGGCACAGCUGGACGAACUGCCCACCAGCACCAAUACUAUACAGGCACUCACGAGGCCGAGGUUAUAGACACCACCGAGCCUCGGGCCCCGCCCACGGCACAGCUGGACGAACUGCCCACCAGCACCAAUACUAUACAGGUAACACCUCACGAGGCAACUCGUGGGAGGCACUCACGAGGCCGAGGUUAUAGACACCACCGAGCCUCGGGCCCCGCCCACGGCACAGCUGGACGAACUGCCCACCAGCACCAAUACUAUACAGGCACUCACGAGGCCGAGGUUAUAGACACCAUCGAGCCUCGGGCCCCGCCCACGGCACAGCUGGACGAACUGCCCACCAGCACCAAUACUAUACAGGUAACACCUCACGAGGCAACUCGUGGGAGCACUCACGAGGCCGAGGUUAUAGACACCAUCGAGCCUCGGGCCCCGCCCACGGCACAGCUGGGCGAACUACCCACCAGCACCAAUACUAUACAGGUAACACCUCACGAUGCACCUUACCUCGUGGGAGGCACUCACGAGGCAGAUGUUAUAGACACCACCGAGCCUCGGGCUCCGCCCACUGCAGAGCUGGACGAACUGCCCACCAGCACCAAUACUAUACAGCUCUUCCACCUAGAAUCGAACCUGGGCCUCCGCGAGCUCACCGAUAACCUGGACGUAGACUUCUCUGCCAUGGCGCCCCCCGCCGACGACCUAGAAGCCCUGCGCCACGACCUAGAACGCGAAUCUGACCGCGCCAACAUCUCCGAAAUCAGCAUCGACGUAGACUUCAAUGCUACGCACUUCAGCCUCAAAGCUGAUGAUGAUGAUAUGUCUAUUACCGAUACGAUCCGCAGCCCCGCUGUCUCUACAACUAAAAAGCAAGUCGAUGAUUGGACGGUUGAUAAAGAGAAUAUAGUUAUUAAUCCGUACAUCGCGCCUCCGCCAGCAGAAUUCCCUUGCGAGGAUGAUAUAUUAGUGUUUGAUGGGAAAAAGUGCAAGUUUCAAUCGAAAUUGGAUCUUAGUGAUACUCCAGUAGAGUCUGUGGGGCAAGAAACAGAAAACAUUUCACCCAAGAUAGUGUUCCUUGAUGAUAUGACAGAAACGCAAGCGAUACCUGUGCAAAUUUUACAAGCAAAUAUACAAGAUAAGAGUGUUCGGAGCGGAAGAACUGUACUGUUUGGUGAUGAUGGGGAUAUUUCGGUAACUCAGGCUGUUGCUAAUAAUAUUAUAGCCCCGAAAGCUGUACAGGAGGAUAAGGAGAAUCAGAAUACUAUGUACUUCAAUGAUUUGGCGGACAUGUCAGUUACACAAGCCCUACCAGCAGACAUCAUUCAAAACGAACCCCAGCUCAAAACCAUAUUAUACGAAGAUGACGCACAUAUAUCUAUGACCGAAGCUGUGCCAGCUCGCUUACUCACAGGGCCUGAAAACCUUGCUCUAGAAGCAAACUUAGAAAAUAAAAGAAGAACUAUUGUCUAUGAAAACGCCGAUGUGUCCAUGACUGUCGUGGUAUCGGGAAGCAUACAAGAAGUAAAGGGUAGUGAAGAUCGAAGAAAAACUAUUGUUUAUAGCAAUGAUGAUGAUAAUGUCUCCAUAACUGAAGUAUUGCCAGCUAAUAUAAUUGAUGAAGUAAAAAUUCAACCUAACAUGGAACAAAGGAAAACUAUAGUUUUUGGUGAUAAAGAUGGACAUGUCUCUAUGACUGGAGUUUUGCCGGGAAAUAUAAUUGAUGAAGCUAAAUUAGUUCCACCAAUAAAUACGGAACGAAGAAAAACUAUUGUCUAUGGUAAUGAUAAUGGUAAUUUGUCUGUAACCGGUGUUUUGCCAACUAAUAUAAUUGAUGAAGCUAAAUUAACACAACUUAAUACAGAUCGCAGAAGAACAGUGGUUUUUGGAAAUGAUGAUGGUAAUUUAUCAAUGACUGGUGUAGCACCAGUGAAUAUACUUGAUGGAGCAAAAGUUACUCAGGAACCUAAUACAGACAGAAGAAAAACCAUUAUUUAUAAUAAUGAUGAUGGACAUGUGUCCAUGACUGGGGUUCUACCAGCCAAUAUUUUUGAUGAAGCAAAAGUACAACAGCCAAUUGGACGCAGAAAGACCAUAGUUUACGAUAAUGAUGAUGGAGAUGUUUCUAUAACUAGGGUUAUACCAGCCAAUAUUAUCGAUGCACCAAAAGAAAGUCAACAAAGUAUGGAUCGCAGAAAAACUGUAGUUUUCGGAAAUGAUGAUGGAAAUCUAUCUAUUACUGGUGUAGCACCAGCUAAUAUACUUGAUGCAAAAGAUCCUAAUGCAGAUCGCAGAAAAACCAUAGUUUAUGAAAAUGAUGGGGGUAAUAUCUCAAUGACUGGAGUAGUACCUGUCAAUAUACUUGACGGAGCAAAAGAAACUCAAGAACUUAAUACAGAUCGUAGAAAAACCAUAGUUUAUAAUAAUGAUGACGGAAAUAUUUCUGUCACUGGGGUAGUGCCAGUUAAUAUAUUUGAUGCAGCAAAGGAAACCCAAGAACCUAAUGCAGAUCGCAGAAAAACCAUAGUUUAUGGCAAUAAUGAGGGUAAUAUUUCUGUAACUGGAGUAGUCCCAGUCAAUAUACUUGAUGAGGCAAAAAAACUUCCUACAGAUCGUAGAAAAACUGUGGGGUAUGGUAAAGAUGAUGGUAAGGUGUCUAAAACUGUCUUAUCCCCUAAUAUCCUUGAUGAUGGUGCAAAGAUGCAACCUCUAAAUUCAGAAUGCAGAAAAACAGUCGUUUAUGACGAAGAUAAUGGAAAUUUAUCCAUGACUGGUGUAGCACCAAUUAAUAUACUUGACGGAGCAAAUAGGCAAAGUACAGAACAUAAAACUCAUAAUGGAAAUUUGACUCUAACUGCUGCAGCAUCAGAGUUAUUUGAGGAUGCUAAUGAACAACUCGAUAAACAAGUAAAUGAGCUAAAUACAGAACGCAGAAAAACUGUUGUUUUUGGUGAUGAUGAUAACAAUGUGUCUAUUACUGGAAUAAUAUCAGCUAAUAUUAUUGAAGAAGAAGUUAAAUUGAUCCAGUCUCUAAAUGAAGAACGCAGAAAAACUAUUGUCUAUAGAAAUGAAGAUGAAAACGUAUCACACCAUGGAGUCACACCAGAAAAUAUAAUAGAUGAAGAUAAUGAUAAACAACAGCCUGAAACCAAUCGUAAAAGCAUUGUUUAUGGCGUUAAAGAUGGUAAUAUGUCUGUAAUAGGAGUUCUGCUUGCUAAUAUGCUUGACAAAGAAGAUGGAGUUAAAAAUACUCAACCUUCUAAUGCGGAUCGCAGAAAAACCGUUGUUUAUGCAAAUAUGUCUAUCACAGGAGUUAUUCCCAAUAUUAUUGAUGAAGCAAAAUCUACGCAAGCUCCAAAUGAACGCAGACAAACUGUCGUUUACGAAGAUAAUGAUGUUUCAAUGACGGAUAUCGUUCCGGCAAAUAUAAUGCCUGAAGAUAACAACAUCGUAGUACUAGCGACACCAACAAGUAUUAUAUGUGAAAAUAUAAUGCCUGAAGAUAACAAUAUCGUAGUACCAGAGACACCAUGUGAAAAUACUGAAACUCAACAGAAUGAACUUGAGGUUCUCGAUGUAAAGGAUGAACAGGUUGAAAUGAUAGAAGCAGUUUCAAUACCAAAACUAAUAGAAUCUGAUGAAGAAAAUGAUGUUGCUAUGACGCAAGCUGACGGACCACAGUCGCCAAAGAAUCUUUGUUCAACAUUUAAUAAGUCAUCGGCUAAUCAGGAUAUAAACUCACAAGGCCAAAUAAUUUCCGAUAUAGAUAACACUUUAGCUGACCAAACAUUUGAUAAAUCGGUCGAUCCACGCUCGGCUACCAUUAACAAGUCUUUGGCUGGCCAGGUUUCUACUGCAUUAGAAAAGUCUUUCGCUAUUCAGGAGCAAACUUUCAACAAAUCUUUGGCUGGUCAGAUCCUUUCCACCACAUACAAUAAGGCUUCAGCUGACGUAACAACCGCAGAAAAAUCGCGGGUUGAUCCACAUUCAGCCACAUUUAACAAAUCUUUGGCCAACCAGGAUUUAGCCACAAACAAAUCAUUAGCUGGCCAAAAAUCAGCCACAUUCAAAUCUUUGGCUGGGCAGGAAUGCACAAUCAAUAAAACUUUUACUGCUCAUUCAAUCUCAAUGAAUAAAACUUUAACCAGCAAUGUUUUAGUCUACGGUGCCACAACUGAGCGUGAUGCUGAGGAUAGUGUUAAUUCAUACAUAGUGGACGGCUUGAAUUUAGAAGAAAACCAAUCUCAAGAAUCCCCAAACGCCUCACUGGUUCUGUCUAAGAGCUCUAUUGAGCAGGCCAAGUCCCGGGUAGAAGCGGUAAUGACACCACCAAAAGAAUCAGUUCUCGAUGUAUUACUUGAUAUGUCGCAGGCUUCAGGAGAAGAUAUAUGGAAUAAACCACAAAGUAACACUGUAACUAAACCUGUCAGCGAUAUAACUAUGACUGCGACUGAUAGUGUCUCUACUUCUGAAAGCUACAUCCUCGUCAAGGACGAUGAUCCAGAUGAACUAGCGUUGGAAGUUACUGAACCUUUAGCUAUAGAAUACAAAAAGCAAAAGCAUGGUAUAGUUUGCAAGCUUCAAAGGAAACUCAGCGAGCUAAAAGACACUCUGCUUGUUAAACAGAAAUCUCCUAAAAAAGAUAAAAAUAAAAGUGAAAAUCAGGAUCUGACGCAUAACACUCCAAAUUUGGAUACUCCUAAAACUACUGAUAGUUUCGAGAAGAGUAAAUUGCCACAGCCUUCUUUAAAGUCGACAAGUUCAAAUUUGGAUACUCCUAAAACUAAUGGGAGUUUCGAUAAGAGUAAAUUGCCAAAGCCUUCUUUAAAUUCUACAAGUUCAAAUUUGGAUACUCUUAAAACUAAUGAGAGUUUCGAUAAGAGUAAAUUGCCAAAGCCUUCUUUAAAGUCUACAGGUUCAAAUUUGGAUACACCUAAUAGCACUAAUAGUUUAGAAAAGAGUAAAUUGCCAAAGCCUGCUUUAAAAUCUCCAAGUUCUCCAAAUAAGGAUGCUCAAGAAAAGAACAAGUCAGUGAAGAUCGAUUUGACUUCCGAAAUGUUUACACAUGACAAGGAAGAAUAUCAGAUACAGGUAGAUAAUCAGAUACAGGUUGAUUUGACUUCUAUUGAAGACAAGGAGCAAGCGAACUACACCACAACAACAGAAUGCCAAGCAAAUGAUACUAAAGCAAUUUUAGAUGCUUUGUCAGACUUUACUGAUACAAGACGCUCCGGAGACUUUGAACCCGCUACAAACCAAGAUAGAACAAAACGCAGCUCCGCUCCGGAUAGAAAAUCCAUGAUUAUAUCAAGGGAAGACCUGCUUCGAGAGAUCUCCAUGGCCCAAGCGCUUAUGAAAACUGAAAUGGCACAGACAGAUAUAGAGUUAGAUGCGACCGAAGGCAGUUCGGAUGAUCAGGCUAGCCCACAUCGACUUAGCGGAGAGGUCGUCAAAACUCUACGUUUCGAAGACGACGACUCAAUACUAGAAUCAAAAAUCCUUCAAAAACCAUUGUCAACCGAUUCUUCCCCUUUUCGAACUUCCUCAGUCAUACCAACAUACGAAAUGAGCGAUCCGGUGAAAGAGCUUAUGAAGGAACUUACAAAACCGCUAGCGGAUGUGGAGCAAACUUCAUUUAACAAACCUUGUCAAAGCUCCCAAGCGAACCAUUUAAAUACUAGCCAGAUCGAUUUAAUUCCUGCCAAACCUAUUUUAGUAUCUCCUCGCUCCUGUUUAAGAAAUAAUGAAAAAGAGGUAGCUCACUCAGAAAUGCAUGUAGAAUCACCACGAAAAGAACCGGAACCUGUAAUAGUCUUCGAUCCAUCCAAUCCGCUGAACAAUGUUGUUAUUCCACCGCUGGAUCGAGCGGUGGUCCACAAGUACAACCCGGUCCAGUCGGGGCACAGCAUAAGCCCGAGCAUCCCGAGCAUGGAGACUCAGUGUUGCCAGACGGACGCCUCGGAGUCUCGGAGCAUGGAAGUGGGCAUGGUGCUGGUGAAGCCCACGGUGGACCGAGGAGUGGCUUCCAGCUUGAUGCUGGGGGGCGGCGCGGUGGAUCGCGCAGUCGCUACUAACGCUGCUGUUAAGGACUGUGAAGUUAAUACGUGUAUAGUUAUGAAAGGCAACCGCGAGCUCCUAGCCGGUAGCUCUUCUCUCACGCUCGUGGACGACGCGUUGCCCCGCUCGCCUGUUCGCGUCAUCUUCAAGCUGGACGAGCCGUUCUCGUCCGUCAUGCUCGACUCGGACCUGUCGUCUGUACUCGUACACGACUCGAUCGAGCACACACGGAAGAGGGGACAUGUCCCCGCUAAAAGCCCGGAGGUGACUCCAAAGCCCGCCAUUAAGGUGCAGAAGGUGUCCAACAGUACCAAAGUGUCCAGAAGAUCGCGAGGCCACAGCCGGUCUCUUAAAGGGAAAGAUAUCGAAGAAAGCUCUCAGUCUAGCAGAGGUUCCUCGGUGACGGUGGCGCAGCUGUACGCAUGCGCGCGCAGCGUGACGUCCGCGUCGGCAUCAGACUCACGAUGCAGCAAAAUGUCAGACUGGCGACCGGAACUGCUUCACGAAGCGAGCUCCAAGAACCUGGUCGCCGAACAGGAGUCUGGUGUCAACGUGGUGGCUAAGAUCGACGUGCUGCCCUUCAUGGGCACCUACGAAUGCGAGUGGGAAUCCCGCGCGGCCGACACGUGGACGUUCCGGCUGCUGCGCGCGCAACUCCGGCUGCUGAUACGACUAGAACACCGAGCGACUAACACCACUAGGGUGCUAGUGCGGGCCGACACGCCUGUCAAACUAGUGACCGUACAACAUGCCACCGUCGAUGAGCGUACAGAGCCGGUGGCAGCACUGUGCCUGUGCCUGGCGGCGGAGGCGCUGCAGCGCAUCUGCUCCCGCGGCGUCGCGCGCGCCGGCGCCGUGCCCGCGCUGUUGCGGCGCUGUGCUGCCGUCGCCAGGGUGGCGCUGCACUGGGGUCGCUGCAUGCGGCACGCGAGCGCCGCACUAGCCUUCUCGCUCUCCGAAGACGGCUGUCUCUCUCUCAAGGUGGCGAACAUCCCGCUCCGCUCCAUCUGGGAGGUGACCCUGCGCGUGGAGCUGGUGGACGACGGGCGCGCCCCCCCCCACCCCCGCGCGGUGGGCGUGGCCGUGGCGCCCGUGCUGGCGGCGCGCACGCCCGGCGCGGCCGAGCUGCACGCCGUGCUCGCCGCCGUGCCCGAGGACUGGGGGCACGUGCCCCGCACCGUGUGGAAAAUAUUCAAAUAUCUGAAGAACAAAACGCCAGAAGACGACCUGCUCAUCGUGUAACGCACACACACAUCCACACACACACAACCACACAAACGACUACACAACAAAACAUGCUAUAUUGGCUGAAUGCGCCAGGAGCGCGAUGCCAUUAAAAAAAAAAACAUGCUAUACUAGACCGUGGGCCAACUGAGUUCCGUGACCAAUAUCAUCCGGGUGUUUUUAUUUACGUGUGGCCGCGGUACCUCAACCCACCAACGGAGCGGCAGCUAACGUCCACGACGGCUCAUUACACAUCGCCCUUCAGGAGUUACCGCCCGGGAUGCGAUGACUGCCGAAAUUUGCGCCUGGCCCGCGGUCUAUCCUCGACCCGCCCAUGCGAUUUUUAAAGGACAUAUUCCAUUUUUAAGCAAGUUACGAAUAAAAAGCUUGGAUAGAUUGAGGUUAUACUGAUUUUUUUUAAUAAGGAAAAUCAACUAUUUUCCAAAUAAUUUGGUUUAAAUUUCAUUGGCUUAGAAUGGGUAUGGUGGGCAAGACGAGGCUAUACAUAGGUCACAAGAGUUUCUACAAUUGUGACGUUUUCAACCAAAAGGUACCACAUUGUCGGUUGUCGAUAAGGUUGAUUACAAAUUGAAGGUACAUGGAAAUAGCGCCUUAUUGACAACCGACAAUAAGUACCCUUUUGGUUGAGAAUGGCACGAUUGACCACUUAAAGAUCGUGUAACCAGUUAAAAACCAGCAAAAAGUUUUAUUAUUUAGUAUCGUAACAGACUUAAUAAGAUUUUGUAUUAUUAGGAACAUUCUAUAUUAUAUUUAUGGUCAGCAGGCUCCGUAAGCCUUUAAGAGAUUACAUAUACUUAAGAAAAUCCCACCAAUGCCGCCAUAGCCCGGGUGGCCGAGUGAUUUAGCCAUUUGCCGCGAACGCAGAGGCCGCUGGUUCAUUUCCAGCCUAAGGUACUGGAGGCCUUGGUCACUUAUUCUUUCGUCGUAUAAUUUAUAAUUGGCCCCAAAUUGGCACAUUAAUUUUGGCUACGGUGGUACACACGGCCAGAACUUACACAUACAUACAGUAUGAAUUAUCUCAGAUGAUUUUGAGCUCGGGCCUAAUCUGUUAAACAAAAGGUAUUGUUUCCUUUAUGCAGUGGUUACACUGCUUACUGCUAAUACGGCAUAAGUAACGGGAACAAGCCAGUUUAAAAAGCAAAUUUACCAUCAUAUUUAUCAUCAUUCGCUUGCCCUUGUCCCAUUCACUUGGGGUCGGCGCAGCAUGUCCUUUUCUUCCAUACAUCUCUGUCACCCGUCAUCUCAUCAUUCACUUGCGUUAGUUUCAUAUCAUCUUUCACACAGUCCAUCCACCUUUUCCUCGGUUUUCCUCUCCUCGUACCUCCCUCCACAUUCAUUCUUAAUACCUUUCUCGUCACAUGACUUUCAUCCCUCCGCAUCACAUGCCCGUACCAUGCUAGGCGAUUUGCCCUUACCAUCAUAUUUAUAUGGUUCAAAUUUAUAAAACAGCCCAUUCGGAGAUAAAACGUUUUGUUAUCUCCAAAGAAAAGACCGCCCUGAUUGUUCUCUGAAUGAGCUGUCACAUAAAUUUGAAUCUUAAUACUAUCACAAAUAAUCACAAUAGUUUUUAAACGACAUGGUUGUUUUGGCACGUGCUGAAGACCGCUCUUAAAAUUUUAAUUUUAGCGUUGACAUUUAAAUUUAUUUUUGACUGCGCAUAAUGAAUUACUAUUAAUUUUUAAUCUUAAUUUUAGUAUUAUUUUUAAUCAGAAUUUAAUCAAUCUAUUAUUAUUAGUACCAGUAUCCAUUAUUAUGAUCAAUCUAUUAAAUUUAAAUGUCAAGAUUUAUUUAUUAUUAAUUUUAACAUAAUUAAGUGCAACUGUUGUCUUAUUGUGUUAUGCUUAUUAUGUAUAUGGACCAAUGUUGUCUGCAAUAAAUGAUAAAUAAAAUAAAAUAAAAGAAACAAGGGCUUUUGGGGCUUUUGUUUAACAGAUUAGGACCCGAGCCCGAAAAAAUCAUCUGAGAAAAUUCGUAUUAUUGACUAUCAGUUUAGAUUUUAGAACUUAGUGAUAAGCGCAAGAUAUGAGCUACAACCACAAGACUGAUUGUUAAAUGUGCCAUUUUCAACCAAAAGGGUACUUAUUGUCGCUUGUCAGUAAGGCCAAAGAGGAUAUAAUAAGAUAGAGCGGUACUGUCAUAGUAAAUUUUGUAACCACAGUAAAUUCACUGCCAUCUAUCGACACACUUUAAAACUAAAAAUGAAGAUUUAUAAAAAUACGAUAAAAUGUAUUUAAAUAUGGAUAAAUGUUUUUUUAUUAUUUGCAUUAAUUAUUUUUAUGAUUUUGACCCAUGUUCUUUCACUGAUAUGCGUUAAAAUUGUUAAAUAACCAACGAAACCGCCAACGUCCUCUAUACGAGAGUAGGCCAAAACUAGUGGCGCCAUCUGAUCGAGAAUCAAAUUUUCGUGAUUUUCGAAGCACGUUUUUUCCUUAAACUGUAUCCAUCUAUUACGGAGUUAUAUCUAUCUUUGGUAAGGCGCUAUUUCCAUAUAGCUUCAAUUAGUAAUCAACCUUAUCGACAAACGACAUGGUACCUUUUGGUUGAAAACGUCACAAAUAGACUUUAUACUAAUACUAACCUAUUACUACUAAUAUCAUAAAUGCGAAAGUAACUGUCUGUUAUCUCUUCACGCUUAUCCGCUGAAAAGAUUUAGAUGAAAUUUGACAUGGAGGUAGUUUGAAGCCCGGGGAAGACGGAUAGUUUUUAACAAUCAAUAAUUA